UGUAUUACUAAGGGUGUGGUCAAUGCAUGCAUAUAAUAUGUAACAGGAGUUAAGGAUAUAUAUAUAUGCAUUUAAAAUGAAGCAAGAGGCAAUGUAUUAUUGGGUUGUUUCUAGUGUGCGUGUGUGUAGUGGGGGGGUAAAGGGAGUUGGGGUAGUUACACCAUGGUCUAGUGACUCACCUCUCCCCUUCCCCCUCUCCCCUCCCCCCAAUCUCUACCACUGCCUAAGAGGGGAAGGUUGAUUGUAGAGGUUGUUUUGAGACAUACGGCAUUUCAAAACUUGUUAUUAGCCAUAGCCUAGACUUUUAGCGAAUCCCCCCGUGAAGCUAGUGCUAGAGUGUAACGGCCCCUCUGUAACCUGGUCAAGAAUUCAAGAUAUUGAAGAUGGCAAAUGAACACCCAACACCAACGACCGCGAGAUCUCUGCUCAGUGCCAUCCAGAAGAUAACUCCAGCCUCUAAGCCGCUCCCUGGCUACGAGAACAGAAUCGUGUCACGCUUUCCGAUGGGGAUGUGCAUGGACGAGUGCUACCCUGGCCUGUACAUUGGGGAUCUAGGAGCAGCCAAGAACAAGGAUUACCUUAAGCAAGUAGGAAUAACGCAUGUUGUGAACACAGCUCAGGGGAACAAGUUUGCUACAGUUGACACAGAUGAAGCUUAUUAUACAGAUGUUGGUAUCAAGUACCUUGGUAUGAAGCUCCUAGAUGUACCCACUGCUAACAUAGCUCAGUAUUUUGAAGCUGGAGCAGACUUUAUUGAUGAAGCUCUCUCAAGUGGGGGUAGGGUGCUGGUCCAUUGUUUCAUGGGAAUCUCUCGCUCAGCCACCAUUGCAUGUGCCUUUCUGAUGUUGAAACGGAGACUUGGUGCUCAAGAAGCACUGGAGACUCUCCGCAAAAACAGAUCCAUUUACCCCAAUGAUGGCUUUCUGAACCAAUUGGCAGACUUGGAUAAUAAGCUUCGCAAAGAACGUGGGGAACUUUAAUUGAGUGAUAAAAAAAUUGGCAGUGGAGAAAGUGUCUUAUUUUUUAUAUUUGAUUUUUUGGUUUUAAUAUUACUUAAUUUUUUUUUAACCCAUCACCUUACUGUUGAUAAGAGUUGUGAAUUUAGCAUCAUACCAAUGACUCUUAUAUAUAUUGCAUUUUCUAAAGUAAGAAGAAAAGAUAAAGAUAUGUAUCACAAUAAUGAAUGCUAUUUGUUCAUUAUUAUUAUUUUCUAUUUUGAGACACAUGUAUUAUAAAGAGGAAAGAAACAGGAGAAUAUUUUAUAUCCAAGGCAUCUGUGACACAUUUCAUUCACAAAGAACAUGAGCUUAUUUUAUCUGUUCUCAUUCUUAAAGUCUAUAUUCUUCAAGAGCAAAGGUUCACCAUUACUGGGAAAUGUGUACACGUGUAUUAUAUCAUUCUUUUUCUAUGUAGUUAAUUUUUCUUUUUCCUUUAGUUGAUUUAUGCAUUAAUAUUUUAAACUUUAACUAUUAUAUCUUGGAAUUUAAAACUCAAGGAGUUUUUCAUAUUUUUUUUCCUUUGCUUUUUUAGUAAGUUAAAUGAUAGUAUGCCAUAGUAUGCCAUAGCAUGACAGAUAAUUAACUUGCAUAUUGUGCUAUUACAGUGCCGGGUAUAUUUUGAUAUCCUCUAGGAUAAGUAUACUAUUGUACUGCAUCUGAUAUCUGUUGUGCUUAGCCUUUUAGAGUUUGCAGGAAAAGUCAACCAAAGAGUCAAACACAGUGUUAAUCAUUUGGAUUUUCUCCCGUGGAUCUCUGCCAAUCGGUUUUCUAUCUUCUACACAAAAUUUUUAUUUAGAAAGGUUAAUUUUCAGUGCAGUUUGGUGAUUCAUGUAUGAAUGCUUGAAAGUAACCAAGGGAGAACACUGGUAUAGUUAGUGUCCAAGACCUAAUGCUAUUAUGAAAUUUGUGAAUUUAAAUACUUUUGUUUUGUGCCCUUCAAUCCCUUGAUAUUCUGAAGGGGUAUUAUGUAUGUAACAAUAGAAUUAUCUCUCUGAAGUACAAGUAAACCUCGUCUUACAGUAAUGCUCACACUUCAUAAUAAGGAGAUAAGAAGAUAAGAUGAUUUUCAUUACUGUUUCCUGUAGACAAUUUUGUAGAUAAUGUUUCCUGUGCAGUGAAGGAAACAAAUCAAGAACUUAUUUUAUUAUGCUCAGAAAUGCUCUACUAGAUUUGAGAGGAGUGUUUAGGUGUUUCUUUUUUCUGUUUCUUUUUUUGUGGUAAUACCUUUGUGAAGGUAUGUUUCUUGCUUUUCCUUCUAAACACAGAGUGAAGUAGUUAGUAAAUUAUAUUAUCAAAGAUGUUAGAUGUAAUGUUAGAUGUAUAAGAAAAUGUAGCAUAGAAGGUUCUGUCAUUUCCUAAUUCUUGUUAUGACAAUUUUCCAUGAUGGUGAUAACAAUCAUGUUUUCUCUGCUCAAAAGAAAAAAAAAUAUAUGACUGUAAAAAUCUGCAAGUAAUAUCUUCACUAAAUCUCUAUUUUUUCUGUCACAUUUAUGAUUCAUACUAUCAGUAUUUUAGGCAAUUUCUCUCAACUGCCUUUUACCAGAUAAAUGUUAAAUGUCUGUUGUAAACAAAAAUCAUAUGUUGAAUGUUUGAUUUUACUCUGUAGGAUGAUUGUCUCUCUCUUUCUUUUAAUCUGUUGGACUCUAUUGCAAUUUAUUUCUGAUUAAUUGAUUAUUGAGUUUUUAUCACAGGGAUAAGAUAUAGUAAUACCAUAGAGUAGUGAUAAAGACAGACAGGAAUUAAUUCAUUUUAGUGAAUAAAGACUAUUAAAUCACUUCAGAGAACACAUCUCUGUUGUUGGGGAGUUUCAUGUGAUAGUGCAGUACUUGCGAUUUUGAUAAGAGUGUUCUCCAUGAAACAGCUAUAUACCUACAGAAGUAUAGACAUGGGCCAAAUGUAAAUGUAGGAAGAAGCUGUGAAUAAAUGAACAGUACAUGGGCAUUGCAUUCAAGCAAUUCCUUUAAGUAUGAGAGUGCUGUUAGACUAGACAAUGUAAAUGCAGUGGUUAGCUUUUAUCCUCAGUGUAAUUCAUCAUGACACAUGCUACUAACCAAAUAGUUAAGCUUUAUUGUUUCAGUUGCUGUGAUUUUAUACUUUUGAGUUAUUUACAUUCAUAACUAUGUGACUCAGUUUCUCUUUUUUCUAUCUCCUAUAUAUAUAUAUAUAACUUACAAAGUUUGUUCAGGAUAUACUGGAAUACAGUAUAUAUAUAUUAAAUAUGGUUCUCUUCUGGAUAUUACUUGUGCCCACUUUUUUUUUU